AUGUCUGAACUACGAGUCCUCUUUCUUACUCCGUACAUCAAGGCGGGCCAGAUCGACUUGGCCAGGAAACUGAGCCGAGUGAAGCUGUUCGAAAGACCUAAUCGGGGCGGAACUCACUCCGGCUACAUCACCAUCGACAGCUGGAAAAAAGCAACUCUUCUUUCUCCAUAUUCGCGCCCUGAAAAACCCGGAUGCCUACCCGCUUCUACUUUGGCUCCAAGGUGGUCCUGGACUGUCGUCCCUGUUCGCGAGUUCCUCGAGAUCGGACCCUUGGGCAUCGACGACCAAGGGCGUCUUUCCAGAGCGAGCUCCCUCCAGAGGCACGUGAACGUCGUGUAUCUCGAUCAGCCGGUGGGAGCCGGCUACAGCUUCACCAAGGGUCUGCUCGGAUACGCCAAGGACCUGAACGACGUGUCCAGCGGCGUGCUCACGUUCCUCGACCAGUUCAUCACCAUGUUUCCCGAGUACGCGAAUCGGACGUUCUACGUCGGGGGCGAGUCUUACGGAGCUAGGUUCGCCGUCGGCGUUUCCCACGCCAUCCACGUGGGGAAGGAACCGCGCGUCCCGCUGCACCUCCGAGGCGUCAUCCUCGGCGCCGGUUUCCUGGGGCGCCUCAUGAAGGUGGCCGACUCGUCGGCGUUCCUCUACGAGAUGUCGCUCGUCACCAAGAAGGGCCGCAAAAGCCUCGCCGAGAGCUUCGCCGACAUGAGACGCAAGGUGAGGACGCUGAUUGGCAAGCUGGCCGCUCUGCUGCGACUCCGCAAGACCAUCUUCACGUCCGAGAAGAAGCCCACCCUGUUCCAGAAGCUCACGGGCUUCAACAACCAGGCCAGCGCCCUCUACUCCGAGAGGCCCACGAACAUGGUCCAAUACGAGAAGUACGUGCAGUCUGAUGCGUUCAAGCGAGCCGUGCACAUCGGCCGGGACGUCGAGUUUAUGAAGGACGAGGGCAAGGUGGCGACGAGCCUGAAGAACGACUACCUGACCGACAUCAGCCACGAGAUAGAGGACCUGCUCCAAUCGUACAAGGUUCUCUUCUACACGGGUCAGAUGGACACGCUCUUCCCGUCGCGGAACCUCCAGGAGUACUUCCGGUCCCUCGACUGGACCGGCGCCGAGGAGUUUCGGAAGGCGGAGCCGAAGCACUGGAAGGCGUAUCCCACGUCUCGUUCCGUAUCAGGUCUCGUGAUCAGGGUGCGGAACAUGACCGACGUGGUGCUCUUCCGAGCGGGACACUACACGGCCGUUGAUGAACCAGACGCGGCCAACAAGAUGAUGUUGAACUUCAUCGAGGACAACGCGAAGGAAUGGGGCAUUCCUGAUCACGCGGAAACGAGCGAAAAACGUGGGUGAACCACAGAGGGCUAGACACU